AUGACCGGCUCAUCCCUCCUCGCCCCUAUGACAGCACGCGCCAUCCACUCCGCCACCCCUUCACCUCAUUCGUCACCUUCCUUGCCCGGCCGAGACUUUCCAAACCCCGUAGCGGUCUUUAAUGAGAAGUUCUGCUUCACGACGCUGGACAAAGCGGAUGUUGGGCGGAAUGCGAAGGAAGGGAGAGCGGGGCAGUGGGUCCAUCCGUCAACUAGGCGGGCGUGUAGCUUGUUCUCCCUGGACGACCAAAUGGCAUACUGCCCCUUCUCGAGGGAUUAUGGUCCGCUCAAUCUGGCGUUCACGUAUUCUGCGUGUCUGGCUCUACACGACAAGAUGAACGCGAAGGAGUUCAAGAGUCGGCCGAUAUGCCUCUACACGAGCUCAGAUCCAAAGACCAAGAGCAACAUGGCUUUAAUGGUCGCGCUGUACUUUCUCAUCGUCCGACAUCAAACUCCAUGGCAGUGCUUUCAGCCUAUCGCGGAGCUCGAGCUUAUGCCUUUCCGCGAUGCGGGAAACGGGGAGUUCGAUCAUGGUCUCGCGAUCCAGGCCAUGCAGUUCGGUCUGCUCGAUCUUGGCAAUUUCGACGCUCGCGAGUAUCAGUACUACGAGACUCCAGAAAACGGCGACAUGAAUAUCCUCGGCCCUUUCAUCGCCUUCGCCUCGCCUCUCGAGCCCGCCUGGGCCAAGCUCAUGGCCCACCGCCGCAAAGCCAUUCAGGCCGCUAUCGACUCUGGUCAACCUCCUCUGAACUAUCGACCGGCGAGCCGGUCAAGAUUGACGGGAAACCACGCGUUCAAGAGCGUGCUAGAGGUGUUCCAACGGCAGGAAGUGGGAGUCGUCGUUAGGUUGAAUGAUGAGCUGUAUGACAAGCGACACUUUACCGAUGUCGAUAUCGACCAUGUCGAGAUGUACUUUGAUGAUGGCUCGAAUCCGUCCGACGACAUUAUCCGGGAGUUUAUCGCCAUGUCGGAGCGGUAUAUCCAGGCUGGGCGGGCGGUGGCGGUGCAUUGUAAAGCGGGUCUUGGGCGGACAGGCGUUCUCAUCGGAGCGUACCUCAUCUACAAGUACAGCUUUACGGCGCAAGAGGUGAUUGGGUAUAUGCGGAUCGUGCGCCCGGGAAUGGUCGUCGGGCCGCAACAGCAGUUCAUGAUGCUCAACCAGAUGAAGUGGGCUGGAUGGGCUGCGCGAGAUGAGCUGCUCCGUGAGAUCGGAAUGCAAGCUACUCAAACGCUCAACCCCCUCGCUACCCCACCUGCCGAAGACGUCUCCACUCUCCCCCGCCUCGACCUCCCUCCGGCCUUCACAAAGCCCCGCCAAGCUUCCAGCUCGUCCGCUUCUCCCAAACGCGGCGACGCUGUCGGUCAACCUCGCAAGACCGGUCCAGUCCCAGAACCGGUCGUGGCGGUCCACUCGCCCACCCCAAAACCGGAAGACCGGCUCGCUCGGAAUCGGCAAGAGUAUCGGGAGACCGCAAGCGCGCCGUCGGCUAUCAAGGAGGGAGCUAGCUCGAUGCGGGGUACGAAGCGGGGCUUGACGCGUAAAGCCCUUCCUCCGCCCGGAGCGGUCGAUGGACCUACCACCCCUACUCGGCUCGGACUGGACAUUCAGUCCUCUCUCGAGCGGUCUCCAUCCAUCCUCAGCGUGGUCUCCGCGAACGACCGACCUCGGAAGCGGAUCAACGGGUCACCACUUGCUUCUCCCGGUCUCGGACCAUCUCCACCUCCAACCCGCGCAUCAUCCCCUCAACCCACGGACGAGAUGAUCAUCGACCCACCACCUACCCCCACCCGGAUCCCCAAUAAACUCCGCCGAGAGCUCAGCUCCCCCCGUCUUCGCUUCGCCCAGAUCGCUCACGCUCACGCGCACGUACACGUCCACUCGCCAGAGCCCGCUCCUCCUAUUCCUACCAAGUCGGGCAUCCCCGUGCCUGUCGUCUCAUCCACAUCCGCGCCGGCCGCGGGAGGGUCAUAUCUCCCGAGCAGGAGACAGACUCCUUUGAAGGAGACCCAUGCGGUCCAGAUUCCGGAUAGAUACACCUCUUCGCCGAGUCGGAUUCCGAGGGCUGUUCCGGUCACGAAGGGGAAGGAGGAUGGGGGUGUCGUGGAAGGCAAGAAGGAAAAGGAGAGGGAGAAGACGGGGAAAGAGGGGAAAGAGGGGUCGUCAGGAUGGGCAGCGCCGAGGUUGAUGAAUAUGCUUUAUGGGAUUGGGAGGUCUGGGAACUAG